AGUUGACAUCUGACGCUUAGCUACAACUCGUCGUUUAAGGUUCUAUAGACUCGUCAAGCGCGUGAAACAGAAUUUUCACUUUUUAUUCUUAAUUUAUUGAACUCGAUUAACAUAAGCAAAUUAAUUAAGCAAAUGAAAAUAAAUAGUAUCUGUCCUCAAAAUCAAUAAAUUUUUAUAUAGUGUAAAAUAUAUAGUGCCGUGCAAAUUUCACAGUUAUAAUAAUAUUUAUAUGUAAAUAAAUUUAUAUCAACAAUAUUUUUCACUAUCUCUUUAAUAAAAAACAAAAAACAAAAUUAAUAAAUAAGAAAAAAAAAGAAUAAAAGUAUAACGAUUAAACAGCACGGAACAAAAAUCAUGAAAAAACCGGUGUUAAUAAAUAUCAUCUUCUUCUCCUGCUUCUUUGGGGGAAUUUUAGUCGAAAGGUCUGCAGCACAAUUUUAUUUUCCUAAUGAAGCUGCGUCAGUGCCGAAUUUUGGACGAUGUAUAACACCGAAUCGUGAACGCGCACUAUGCAUAAUUUUGGAGGAUUGCAAGUAUCUUUUCAAUAUUUUAACUACUUCACCAUUGAGCGAUGUAGAUAGACGUUAUUUGAGUAGCAGUCAGUGUGGCUAUCAAAAUGGCAAGGUUUUGAUAUGCUGUCCUGAUCGGUACCAAAAUGCUGUACCAGUUGCACAAACAACAGCUAGUCCUCCUGCGGGCGGUAAUAACCAACUAUUACCAAACCCAGGCCAAUGUGGCAAUGUUUUAUCAAAUCGUGUAUAUGGAGGCAAUGUAACAAAAAUUGACGAAUUUCCUUGGAUGGCGUUAAUAGAAUAUACAAAACCUGGCGGUGCAAAGGGACAUCAUUGUGGUGGUUCAUUAAUAAAUUCAAGAUAUGUUAUCACGGCAUCGCAUUGUGUUAAUGGUAAAGGUAUUCCAAUUGAUUGGAAACUCACUGGUGUACGUCUUGGAGAAUGGGACACAACAACAAAUCCAGAUUGUGAAGUAGAUGUACGCGGUAAAGAAGAUUGUGCACCUGAACACAUUGACGUUACAGUUGAGCGUACUAUUCCACAUCCACAAUAUAAUCCUAGCUCAAAAAAUCAAGCAAAUGAUAUAGCAUUGUUACGUUUGAGUCGUGACAUUCAAUAUUCAUCGUUUGUGCGUCCUAUUUGCCUGCCUACUAAUACUAAUUUACGUUCUGCUACUUUUGAUGGUAUUGCAAUGGAUGUUGCUGGUUGGGGAAAAACCGAAACUGAUUCGACAAGUAGUUUAAAACUAAAAGCAACUGUUAAUGGCGUACAAUUAAAUGAAUGUAGAAAUGUUUAUAGUAAGCAAGGCUUUUUGUUAGAAGAUAGCCAAAUGUGUGCAGGUGGUCUAGAAGGGAUAGAUUCAUGUCGCGGUGAUUCGGGCGGACCACUUGUCAGCUUGGAUGUUACAAAUAAAGCGCGUAGUUAUUAUUUUUUGGCUGGUGUUGUCUCGUUUGGACCCACACCGUGUGGUUUAGCUGGUUGGCCAGGUGUAUAUACAAGAGUUGGAAAUUACAUGGACUGGAUACAGAGAACAAUUGUAAAAUAAAUUAAAUUUACGAUAUAUGUAAUACUCAUAUGUGCCUAAUAUUAAAAUUGAUAUUGAUAUUUCUACUGUAAAUUAGACAAAAUAAAUUAUAUUAUUAAUAAUAAUUUUUAUUUAAAUGAUUAAGUUUUAUGAAAUUUCUAUUACUGCAUCAAUAAAUAGUUUUUUAUA